AUGGGCUCAUCAUCAGCAUCAUCGUCAUCAUCGUCAUCUUCCACAUCAGUGGCAUUAGAAGUAGCAACACUUAUAACAGCAUCAUCGUCAUUAGCAUUAUCAUCGGCAACAGAAAAACUUUCUCCAACAUCAUCGUCAUCAAUAUUAUCAUCAGAAACAGUAUUAGCACUGAUAACCUCGUCGUCAAUAGUUUCACCAGCUCCAAUGCUGCCACUUAGAACCCCGUCAUCAAUAGCAUCAGUGGCCGCAGCGUUAGCGUCAACAUCAGUACCAUUACCAUCUUCAAAAAUCUCAUCUGGAAAAUCGUUGUCACUAAUACCAUACUCGUCAGUAACAUCAUCGACAAUGUCAUCCCUCCUUAUGCCUCAACCAUCAUCAACAUCAUCGUCAUCACUGUCAAAGAAAAUUCAGGAGCUGGCAAAUGAUACUAUUUCAGAGUUCGGCAGCCUAAAUAUUACCAGCACCAAUUCCUUGCAGGAAGCUGCUAAUUUGUUUGAAAACUUCACCACCAAUUAUCAAAACAUGACCCUUGGAGAAGGACAGCCUGGAGUAGAAAAGCUCAGCACAGAGUCCAUUUUUAAGGUGGCAGUUGCCUUCGAGAAAAUUGUUCUUAGCUAUGGCAAAUACCACUUACGUGGAACAAACCGUUCAAAAAGGAUCAGUUACCCUCAUCGCAACAUGUUACUUGUUAUUAAAAAAGAUUACAAACAAACUGCAAGUGACUUCCACUCAGGGAAUCACGAAUGGCAAGCCUAUAUCAAUAUUUCCUCUGGAAAUUUUGUGGACAACGGAUCAGUAAUAGUUGUGUGUGUGUACAAGAAUCUCCAUGAUUUAAUCCAAACACAUUCUAAGAAAACAAGGCGUGUGUUAACUAGGAUUAUAAUGACAGCUAUGGAUCCCAAACCAGGAAAGUUACAAGAGAAUGUAAUCUUGAAGUUUAAGAACUUGAAGAUCGACACUAGAGAGAAGCAUUGCGUGUUCUGGAGUGGCCUCAGCAAUAGGUAAAACGGGACAACAACUAACUUCAACACCACCAACAACAAUAUCACCCAAAAAACCUACCAAUUGUUGCUUGCUUUUUUUUCCAAAUUUAUUGAGUUUUGAAUUGCAAGGAGGACUGGUAUAUCAUUGGUCACUCGUUUGUGUUACAGUCCAACUGGUGAUAGAAGUCUUGAUAAGAAGUAUGGUCCGCAACGUCUCAACAACCUGAGCAGAAGUCUGACCGAUAAGUGUUUACAAGAUAUCAGUGAAGGGAUUGUGUUUUGAGAGUUUUCUUUCACUUAUAGCUUCAAAAUACCCUUGGCUCUGAGUGAUAGAAACAAAACCCAUCGAAGUCAAAAGCCAAACGCGACACGAAAAAGCUGCAAAUAGGCUCUGUCGUGAGCAAGUAAAUCGAUGAUGCUUACCGCCUCUG